AAUGGCGGAGGCUGGGUGAGGAGGAGAGAGUGUGUGUAAAGCGGCGCCGUAAUCGUCAGAGCUACAUUGCCCUCAAUACGUGCACGGAGCCCGAAAAUGGCCCUGAACCCCAGCGCGGUGGGAAAAAGGGACUCAGAAUGUACCGAGACGGGCGAUCUCCAGCCGGAGGGCGGCGAACCCCAGAAGAAUUCAGCCGCCACCUCGGCCACAGCCAACCAAAAUGGCGAUCAGCCUGGAUGUGGAGACAGUGUAAUGCCCGAACAAGAAGCCCCUGAGCGGCGGAGGAGCGUGCAGCCGGACGCCCGGAGCAUUAGCAGCUCUCCUUUGCCAGCCCAGAGGUCGAGCGAAGAGCUGCCACGGAGAAAUUUCCAAAUCCCGAGGAAGAUAAGAGAACGGAAAGGCUUGUACAACUUUCUGCCCCCUGACAGUCGGGAGUUUGAGGACCUUGUGAAGAUUGUCUCCUCGUUUUAUCUAGACUCGUCAUCACGGGGAUCCUUCUCCUACUGCAAGGCCAGGCUAAUUCACAAUGAGCUGCUUGAGAAGGAGUUCAUCGAGAAGCGGCGAGAGAUGAAGCAGGAGGGGAGGACGGACCAGGAGCUGACUGAGUCGUACUGUUUCCUUUAUCCAGACAAAUCCAAGCUCCAGUGGAUCUGCGAGAAGGGUCUGUCGGUUGGUCACUGUAGGAUUACUACACUAGGAAAUCCAUCAACGGGUGUUUAUCUCUCCAAAUAUUCAGAUUUGUUACAAAUCAAUCCCUUUGAAGUUGGCUCAAUUGGAGACAUGAUCGUUUUUAAAGUUAUGAGGGGGCGAAUAAAGCACAUCCACGAGAACAUGCCUAAGAAUGCAAUGGAAGCUACACCCAAGUUUGACUGUCACUUGUCCAAAAGUGCCAAUAGGGUCACGUCUUUGCUGUCUUACAGGGCUUUUGAGCUCACACAGCAAUAUUUUUUUGAGUUUGCAUUUGAUGAGAUCAAGGCCCGACCCAGGCACGUGUGCCCCUACGCUGUGGUUUCCUUUCAGUACAAAGGCAAGGAGGCUGCAGCGGCUCCUAUGACUGCACACAGGUUUAACACAAUUUCCCCUGAAGGAAGCAGAGGGAAAAGCUGCUACACUGUGUGGAGUGGCCCACUAGUGAACAAGGGCCAGGAGUUGUUUCCAAUCUGUUUACGAUCCUCGUCGCGCCCCUACCUUCCUUUCAAACUGCCUGAGAAACUGGAGGUGAAUCGAGCCAUGCAGCUGGAGCAGGUGAAGCGAAAGAUUCCCUCUGUGCUUUUUUCCUGGGACACCUACAGCAUAUCACGGGAAGUGAUGAAGUGUGGGAUGUCCUGCAGCCUGUUUGAAGUGGUGGAUGGAAAAGGCAAACCAACCACCGGCAGCCUGGCAGCACUGGUCAGCAAACUGGAGAGGGACCGGAUGGUGCUGGUGAAGUCCUUGUUUGACAGGGGCUUUCUCUUCCUGUUGUCCUCAGCUCAGAUGGUUGAUUCCAAAGAGCGGCGGGGGCGGGCUGAGAAGAACCUGCAAGCAUUAUUCAUCUUUCAGGAGUCAAGGAUGGUUGUCAAGUAUUCAUCGCGACUGUUUGAGCCUGAGCCGCUGACUGCGGAGCCCCAGCCAGCCACCAUGUCCUCCAUGGAGCCUUUCAUCCCUUCACUUCACUACGCUCUGUUCAAGUUGCGCCCAAACCCAGGCAAGGACCUAAGCUCUGGGGUGGAGCGUCACGCCACCGAAUACCUAACUCGUAUGGAUUCGGGCACGGUACGGCCAUUCAUUCUGCCCGACUACAAAUAUAAUGUGGAUGAAAGGACGAACCCUCUCCCGGUACCCAGACCCAAAUUUAACAUGGAUGCUGUGCUGCGUUCUUAUGUCCACAACGCUGCCAGCUACAUUUUACCUCUGAACAAAGCAAAGGACAUCAUUGAACGAAUACGGAACCCUGCACCUAUACCUGUACUGGCACCUGUUCCUGCCCCAGUGGAAUACAGCCCUGUUUCUGACUGGGGGGGCUCAGAUAGGGGCUCAGACAGAGCAGAGAGACCCUCAGAAAGGCUAUCCCAGGAAAGGCCGCCUGCAGAGAAGCCUGCCCAGGAGAAACCGCCCCCAGACAGCAGCAGACGGAGGCCAGGUUUGGCCAAUUCAAAUGGGGCCCAGUCGAAAAACAAAUCCCACGCCGAUACCCAGCCUCAGCCUCAGCCUCCGAGGUUGCGGCUGUCCCAGAAUGAGUAUGAUAAAGACAAGAUGAAACAGCUGCUUAAACUGAUCCAACUGCACAAGAAAGCACUCGUGAAGGAUCCUGGGAAAGAACGGGGAGAGGACGGCGCCUGGGACGCCAACAGUCUGAAAAGGAAAUUUGAAGGGGAUGACAGGGGAGGCAUGAACAAACACCAACGCACUGAUCAGUUGAGCAACGGGGAACCCAGCAGAGGAGCCCAGGCAGAUGAAACUGGAGAAGAGGGUGGACAGAACGACAAUCUGACGGCAGUAAUGGAAAGCAUGGGCAUCUACGACACUGACCUGAGGGCCCGGGGCAACGCCAACACCUCUACAGUCAACGAGACACAACGCCUUCUCAAGAUCCUUCUUGCCACACUAAAUAAAGCCGUGGCUCAGGGUUCCAUGUCUGUGCAGGCAAACCACGGUGAACCAUCAACAGGUUCAGGAAGGGUGGAGCCUGUUCUCCCUGAUCCAGAUCUUAGGAAACAAACUGAGCCAGCAUUACAAACUAACUACACAGAGGAGGACAUGGACUGUAGUCCUGGUAGUCCAUUCAGCACAGGCUCCCCUGCAGAGCAAGCGGACACCGUAGCCAACCCAGUCUGGAAUAUCCCUCUUGUUGAAGACACAGCACAGCCUUUCCCUGAAACAAAGCCCGAGCCAGAGCCAGAGGCAGCGACGCUGGUGGACAGCGAACCAGAGCCGAAGGCACCUGCAGUUGUUGAAGCGAAAAAGGCGACUGCACCAACGGUACCAGUUGCAGAGGAGGUUAACUUCAGGCCCUCCAUCAGCCUGGAUACCAUACUCAACCAGGAAAUUCACAGCCUCACUUCUGACAUUAAAAACAUCAUGCAGACUCACCACAUCUGCUAUACCUCGCAACUACCCCCACGGUUGCCUCCACGCCACUGCUGGCAGCCCAACAGCUCUUUCUCAGACUUUGUUGUACCCUACGUCACCCCCGUCCCCUUUCAGGGGCAUGUCAAAGCACUGUGUGAGAAGAUGGACAAGUUGAUCCCAUCCCCACCUGCUCCCACUAAGGUCACAUCUCCACCUCCCCCAGUGACAACAUCUAAUCUUACAACACCACCCCCUGCCCCUAUCCAGACUUCCAAAACUAAAGCCGAGCCCGCCCCGUCAAAGAGCACCACCUCAUCUCACAGUGUUAAAACGGGCACCGUCAAAGAGACAGCAUCCGCUAAGGCUAAAUCAGAAGCCCCGUCAGCAGAGUUGGGGGUAGAUAUCUAUUCACCCUCUCAAGUCACAUCAGACUCUCCGGAGCGAAAUUCUCAAAACCCAGGCUCCGCUUCUGGCAGCGGGUCCGGCCUGUUGGCUGGCAGCCUCAUUGGUCAGCUGAAGCCUGAGGUUUUCAGCAGCUUGGUGGAGAUUUUUAAGGACGUCACCAAGAACACGGUUAAAUUCUACAUCUACUCUGAAGACGAAGGGGACGAGAGCACUGUCUGCAAGGAGAUUAAGGAGUACUUGAAAAGUCUUGGCAACAGCGAGUGCAGCCCACAGACAUUUCUAGAAAACAGUGGCAGUUUGGAUAAGCUACUCAUCAUCAUUCAGAACGAGGACAUCGCUGCACAUGUGCACAAGAUCCCGGCUCUAGUGUCCUUGAAGAAGUUGCCUUCAGUGAGCUUCGCUGGAGUGGACACUCUGGACGAUGUCAAGAACCACACUUACAAUGAGCUGUUUGUGUCUGGAGGCUUCAUGGUGUCCGAUGAGUUUGUCCUCAACCCUGAUCUGAUCACACAAGAUCGUUUGCAGGGGCUGCUUAAAUUCUUGGAGGAGCAGAGUACCCCUGAACACCCCUGGCAGUGGAAGGUGCACUGCAAGUCCCAGAAGAAGCUUAAGGAGCUGGGGAGGUUAAACACUAAUGCCAUGGGGCUGUUGAACCUUCUGACAACCUAUCAGAAAAAGCACUUAGUGGAGUUCCUCCCUUACCACGAGUGUGACACUCAGUCACGUCAGGCGCCAGAUCUGGAAUGCCUGAUUAAGCUCCAAGCUCAGCACACACAACAACGGCACCUUAUCUUCCUCACAGAGAGGCCAUUUGAGAUGUUCCUGCAGUAUUCCAGAAAUGGAAUAGUGAUAGCGAGCAUCGAUGAUGUUAUGAGCGGUUUCCACAGUCUGAUUGGAUCCAUUAAUCAGAAUGAGCUUCCGACGCCGCCUUCUACUGUAGUGAAUGAUGAGUGUGUGGAAGAGGAGGACAUGUCAUUAGACUCUGAUGAUGGUGAGCCACCAACCAUAUCAGAUCCCUCAGAGCGGAACCAGGAAGUUGAGAAGGGGAAACCUCCGUUGCCGCCCCCGCCGGAGAUGGAGGAGUUUCGUCCUCCUCUCCCAGACCACCAGGCCACCCCUGAGAGUACUCCAACGCUCUCCGACUACAGUGCUUUCAAAACAGCCAUCUCUCAGUUUAAAGCCACCAACCAGAUAGGCAUAGGUUCUUCAGAAAUCGGCAGCUUGUCACCCGGAGGUUUUCCUGUGAAUCCCCACCAGAGCUUCCUGUGUCCUUCAGCCUCGUGGUCGUCCUACACUGGGUCCUCUAGCUAUGCCGCGUCCCCAGCUUAUCCCGCCUCACCUUGCAGCAGCACCCACGAUCAGGAGUACCGACCCCCGACCACGGCUUCUUCCACAGUCCCAACCCCACCUGUCAUGGGUGCAGCAGGACCUCUAGCCAACCUGGCUUCCCUCCCCUUGGAGGUCAAACCUCCCCCUCCACCUCACCUCAUGAUGCUGGGUCACUCGUACUCCUCGGACGCUGGAGGAGUCGGGGCUACUGGUACCUCUCCGCUCACCACCACCCCCCUCCCCUACACAGACCAUAGUGACAAACCCCAGCCAGGUUACAUGGCCGGCAUUCCUAAAAAUGCCAGCGGGACCCCCUCGCAGCACGACGGGACACUCGGUGGACCCGGGGAGGGUGUAUGGGGGACAGCAGGGACCACCUCCGCUUGUGAGACUGCCAGCAGCCAGGGUGUGGUCCCACCUGGCCCAGUGGACCCCAGUGGGCUCCCUAAGACUGGGGAGUCCCUUAUAGGCUGCGCUCCUGGUAGUCAGGGGGGCAGGACUCAGGUGAAUUGCGCUGACGGCCUUGGAGCUUCUGUGGGCAUUCCUACAGUAGCCACCAGGGGGGGCUCUGUACUCAGACCUAAGCUGCCUCUGCAUCCAAUGUGUGGUGUGGGCUACGGGAGUAUAGGUGGCAUCCCUGGACAGAUGGACCACGGGCCUAUGCGGGGUGCUAUGGGCCCUGGUUCUUUAGGAAACUACCGGGGGAGAGGAGUCCCACCGCUAGGACUUUGGCCUCGGCCAGGGCGAGGACACGAACGGGGGGAUGGGACUGGAGGUGUGCCCAGUCCUUGGGGUUACCCAGCAGGCAGGGGUGGGCCACAGGAUUACUACACAGACUACACAUACUCUCACAAUUACGCCCCUGAAUAGACAAUCAACGUGAUCAGAGGGGCAUCACGAACUCAAUACACCAGAGACUAUUAGAACUGGCUGAAUGUAUAUAUUUACUUGUCAUAAAUGCAUUGAUUUAAAAUCAGUAAAUAAGGAUCCUGGUUUUCUACAUUAAUAAAAAUUGAUACAGGCAGUGCCGAGUGUCCUACUGUCGUGUAAACUGUCUGUACACUCUUUCCAUGUGAGCUAUUUGAGACCCUGUUCAAACCACUAUAUUUAUAUUUGCCAACAAAUGUUAAUGGCCUUCCAAGCUUCUCAGAAUUGACCAUGUUAUUUCUGUUUGUCCUGGUUUUCAAACGGUUUGUGAACACGGGGGAAAGGCUGAUAUUUUUUUAAGGAAAAAAAAAACAAAACUAGUGAAUGAAAUUUCACUUUUGCUGUUGGUUUUCUUUUUUAUUUUACAUAUUUGGUUGUCCAAAGUUCUAUUAAAAUAAAACAUUUCAAAUCUUGUUUGUGUGAUGGGUUUGAUGACAGUGUCAAGCAAACCAUUAAAAAUAUAAAUCACA